AUGAAGUUUUCGGAACUGGUGGUGAAGAGCCUUAGCGGGAAGCUUGACAAGUUGCUCGACGAAGUUGUGGCUCAUGAUGCCGGCAAGGAGCCAGCGAUUAUCGCACCCGCAUGCACCAUGGGAGUCACCGACGUGCAACACACCGUCUACCUCAACACCAAGGGGGUCACCAACUUGAACCAGCCGGAGCCGGCUACGAACGAGCAUCAGUAUGCGUUGUUCUCGUGCACAAAGUCGAUGACGGUGAUGGCGGCGUUGAUCUUGUACGAGCGGGGCCAGUUGAGUUUGGAUGCUCCCGUGAGCAGGUAUUUCCCCGAGUUUGCAAGCAUUGGCUUGUUGGAGGCGGGCGUUGUUGAUAGGAAGACGGGCACCUUCCUCAAGCCGUUGCAAGCGCCCAAGACGCAGGUGACGGCCAAGCACUUGAUGACGCACACAAGCGGCUUUUCCUACGGGUUCAUCCACCCCGACUAUUUCGCGUUGAUUACAAAGGGAGAGAAGAUGGACCCGGUUGACCCCGUCAUGGAUUUUUUUUUCAAAAAGACGCCCUUGGUGCAUGAGCCGGGGAGUGCAUGGAUGUAUGGACACAGCAUUGACUGGCUCGGGUUUAUUAUUGAGAAGAUCAGCGGGGUCAAGCUCAGCGAGUUCUUGCAACGCGAGGUGUUUGGCCCCGUGGGAAUGGCCUCGUGCACAUUUCACAAAAAGACAGUGGAGAACUUGGUGAGGGUGCACUAUAGGAAAGACGACGAGUCGUUGAAGUUGCAGGAGCGUUUUUCGUUGAGCUUGGAUCCCAAGUUGGACUUGGGGGGACAAGGCUGCUAUGGUACCGUUGGUGAUUAUUUGAAGUUUAUCCGCGUGUGGCUCAAUUAUGGGUUCAGUCCCGAUAGUGGCAACCGCAUACUCUCAGAGUCAACCGUGAGAUACGCGAUUCGAAACCACCUCCCUGAGAACAUCCAUCUCGAGUUUAUUGGAGUGGCACAUAACGCAAUUGACGACGAUGACCCAGGGAAAAAACAGGACGGCUGGACCUUGACGGGGAAUGCAUACUGUUCAAACAACCUCCCCACUGGAAGACCCAAGGGAUCAAUUUACUGGGGCGGGUUGGCAAACUUGAGCUAUUGGAUUGACUUUGAGAAUGAAAUCGGCGGGUUCUAUGCCGUGCAGGUGUUGCCAUACAUGGACGAGUACAAUGUCGAGUAUAUCGAGAAGUUUGAAUCCAGCGUUUACGGCGCUUUGAAAGAGAGCAAAUCCUCAACCGGGAAGCUUUAA